CAAUUAUAGCGAUAAAAUAAAAAUAGAAGAAUUAAAGAGAAACGAAACCUAAUCCGUUAAACCUCACCGGCGACGAAGAAUGGCACUCUCGUCUCCUUCGCUCCUCCGUCUUCUUCCUCACCACCCCUUCACUCUAACAACCUCAAAACGGCACCGUUUCUUAUCCUUUAACCAUGAAGCUUCAUCAUCCUCCCUCGUCGUAGCCGCCGUCUCUUCAAAACCCUCCACCGGAACAAAACCAAAAUCUAAAUCCAAAUCCAAACCUCCUCCUCCUCCUCCUCCGGCUCCAGUUACUACUGUUGCUCACGAAGUGGGAACAGAGGAAUCAGAAACGGUCAACAUUGCUGAAGACGUCACUCAAUUGAUUGGAAGCACACCAAUGGUGUAUCUCAACAGAGUCACUGACGGGUGUGUGGCUGACGUUGCUGCAAAGCUCGAAUCAAUGGAGCCUUGUAGAAGCGUCAAAGACAGGAUUGGUCUCAGCAUGAUUAACGAGGCAGAAGACAGAGGAGACAUAACUCCCAGAAAGAGUGUGUUGGUAGAGCCAACGACGGGAAACACUGGCCUCGGGAUAGCUUUUGUGGCUGCAGCUAAAGGGUACAAGCUUAUAGUGACCAUGCCUGCUUCUAUAAACGUUGAGAGAAGGAUGCUUUUACGCGCGCUAGGAGCGGAGAUCGUGCUCACGAGUCCAGAGAAAGGUCUUAAAGGUGCGGUGGAUAAGGCUAAAGAGAUUGUUCUCAAGACCAAGAACGCUUAUAUGUUUCAGCAGUUUGAUAAUACGGCUAAUACAAAGAUCCAUUUUGAGACUACAGGACCAGAGAUUUGGGAAGACACAUUGGGUAAUGUUGAUAUAUUUGUUGCUGGAAUUGGAACUGGUGGGACUGUAACGGGUACAGGAAGUUUCUUGAAGAUGAUGAACAAUGAUAUUAAGAUAGUUGGUGUUGAACCCUCAGAAAGAAGUGUGAUCUCUGGAGAUAGUCCUGGUUAUGUACCGGGAAUCUUGGAUGUUAAGCUACUUGAUGAAGUGUUUAAGGUUAGCAACGAGGAAGCAAUUGAGAUGGCGAGAAGACUAGCUUUAGAGGAAGGGUUACUGGUUGGGAUCUCGUCUGGAGCUGCUGCAGUAGCAGCAAUCAGCUUAGCUAAAAGAGCUGAGAACACCGGGAAACUUAUCACGGUUCUGUUUCCGAGCCAUGGGGAGCGGUAUAUCACAACAGCUCUGUUUAGUUCCAUCCACAAAGAGGUUCAAGAGAUGAGCCAUUAAUUAGUAGCAGCCAUAAGAAAGGCCUUGAAGUAGAGUGUAAACUAUGCAACAUGGAAACGAGAGGUUUUGGCAAGGCCAUGCGGGGAUUGAGAGAUCAGACAUUUUUUUUCAAAGAUUUUGUGAUAUAUAGAGGAUUAAAGACCAUCUUGGAUUCGCCCUAGUCUUCUUCUUUUCUAACUCAUAUCUUGAUGUUCAAGUUACGGAAGUGUAUGGCUAAACAAGUAAAGUUUGGGUACCUAAGCCCUAACACUGAUCACAAUUUAGAUAUUCAAUAGCAA